AUAAGAUUUCUCUCUCCAUCUCGUCUCAACGAACCACAAACAACCUCGCAAGAAUUGAGAAACGAGGAAAACUGCCACCAAUAUGUCAAAAGAACUCAGCUACCCAAAGACACCAGCCAACAAAGUCAACAGGUACAGCAACAGAGCCCACUACGACACAACCACAAUCCACAACAUAAUAAACACAACCCCAGUCCUGCACGUCUCCUUCCUAACCCCCAGCGACGCCAGCGACGCAAGCUCACCCCCGCAUCCGACAAUCCUACCAAUGCUCGGCCAAAUGGGCUCCUUCACGCACCCAAGCUCCGACGAGUCCGACGCACUGGACUGCUACCUGCACGGCUACACCUCCAGCCGACUGCAAAACCUCACCCGGAGCAGCAGCAGCAGCAACAGCGGUGGCAUGCCCAUCUGCGUAGCGGCCACAAAACUCGACGGGCUCGUCCUCUCGCUGACGCCGAAUUCGCACUCGUGCAAUUACCGCUCCGCCAUCCUGCACGGCACGGCCACGAUGGUGGAGGACGUGGAGGAGAAGAUCUACGCCAUGCGCCUCAUCACCGAGGGCAUGCUCCCGGGGCGCUGGCAGGGGACGCGCGUGCCGCCGGACGAGACGGAGUUGAGGAGUACGGGCGUGUUGAAGGUGGUUGUUAGCAGCGCUAGCGCCAAGGUCAGGAGUGGCGGCCCCAGCGAUGAGAGCAAAGAUGUGGAGAGAGCGGAGGUCACGGGGAGGGUGUGGACGGGCGUGGUUCCGGUCUGGGAGAUGAUGGGGUGUCCUGUCCCUGCUGGGGAGGGGGUUGGUGGACAGGCGCCUGGGUAUGUUGCUGAGUACGUUGAGGGGAGGAAUGGGAGGGAGAAGGGGUACGCAGAGGGGGCUGCUGCUGGGAGAGUGGAUGGGGGUAGUUAGGGAGGGGGUGUUGGGUAUGUGAUUUUUUGAGGGCGGGGUUUUGGGAACUUGCUUGGGAGGGUUGUUUUGGUCUGCUUUAUAUCGGUCACCAUGCUUGUGGGUUCGCUGCAAGUAAUUAGAUGCUCUAAUUUUACAGGUAUCAUAGGUUGAAA